GCGUCUCUCUCUCACCUGUCUACUGACUCGGACGUGUAUAGUAUCCUUGGGUACGCUUGUGUUGCAGCCGCGCGACAUUCUCGUAGAGUGCAUAGUGGGUGUUGAGCCGCUCUGGCAUGCGCUCGGAUCCGUCCGGCUCGUCUUUCAACAAACAGGCCUGCUGAGAUCCCGUAGUUUGCAAACUACCUCGGCAUCUGGACAGCCUCGGAGCCGUACCAAGUGCUGGACCUAUUCCCACGGGUAUUCAGCGACUUCUUCUGAAGAUCGACUCGGCACUUGCGGGAUAUAUGAGUAGCAGAACAACGCGCAAGAGUCAACGAGUGCGGGUGGUGCACCAGUAUCACGCCGUUCUUGUUCGAUGCACAAAGCACGUCUCCGCCCUCGCCCGUUUCCCAUUCCCGUCACUGGUCGUUUCUCACCGGCGACACAGUGGAGGCCUCACACGGGUACACGGGUAUAAACCUCUCGGAAAACACGUCGAAGACAAGCAGGGUGCACGCGGACGAUUCGGUGGCGACGAGGAAUGCAAGGGUUGUUGGAGAAUAGGUUGAUAAGGCAGCCGCCUGGGAUCAGAGUUGCUGAGGAGGGGAGGGAGACGUUAGAGAGGGCAUUCGGGGACACGGAGAAUGGGUCGAGGUUUUUGUUGCCAAGUCACACCCAAGGCUCGUCGAGGUGAGAUGACACAAGAAUCGCACUCUUUCAUCAAACUGUCCAAGAACCGCCUCAUCAUCCCACACAUCACUAUCAAAGCCUCGCACCACUCACGGGACCAGUAGAUCCACGAAAGGAGAUGAAGCAAAUGUCAACCGAGUGCGAGUGUUGCAGACCGCUUUGGCUCGACAGCGAUCAUCCUCCACCCUAACGGCAUGCCAUCGGGGUCUGUGUCUUCAUCCAAGCUCCGACGGUUCAGUGUGCCUCUCACAGUACUCGUACUUCCAAGUCUUCCAGCAAUGAUCCCAUCAACCCUCGGUCAUUGCCACACGUCUCGAAUCUGCGUCGCACAUAUGAUACUCAUGCACGUUACAGUAUUACCUCAUCACAUUCCCCAAGCCCCGCCCACCCAGCACGCAGGAUAAAUCUCUGCACUCGCUCUAGCUGUACACCCUUGUCAAACCUCCUGCCUCUCUCCCAAGGAAAAACUCCAGGCAUGGGACAAAGCCGUGAGACUCAUGGACGGCGGAUGGCUAUCAGUCUGGACCGGAUCGGAUGGGUUGGGUGCCAGGAGACGGGACACUCGCACUGGACACUCGCAGGGGACACUAGCACCAAAUCCCUCGCUGUCCGAAUUCUUAUCUUUUUCGUACAGCAACGUCAGAUCGGUUCAGAUACAAUGGUCGCGGUCAACCAAUCAGCUCCGUGCCGCACGUGGGAAGGUAGCAGUCGAGGGAGGGGUACAGCCGCACGUGCAUGC